CAGCCCCUCGGAUUCCCCAGCCUGCCUCGAGUUCCCCACGCGGCCGGCAGCAGACUACACGCCGUCGGGUUACAGAUAGAAAAAUAAAUAAACACACACCACCAUGCCUUCGAAAGUAAAAGAAACAAAGGCCGCCCCUCCAGUCAAGAAGGUUGAAACCCCCAAAAAGGCUGGCAAGAAAGCCAAGAAGGCCAAGAAAGUGGUGGUGGAGGAAACCGAAGUCGUGGAAACCAAAGUAGAGGAAACCAAAGCCGUGGAAACUCCCGCGCCCAAAAAGAAACCCAGGAAGAGGGGUAAGAAGGGACCCAAGAAGGUGGAAGCCCAGGAACCCAAGGAGGAGAUGGAGGUGGAGGACGCCAAAGAAAAGGUGGAAGUGGAGGAAGCUAAAGAGAAGGAGGAGGCAGAGGACACCAAAGAGAAGGCAGAAGGAGGUGAAAAGGCCAAGAGGAAGAGGAAGAGGAAGAGGUCAGAGAAGGCAGAAGACACAGAGGCCAAGGAAAACGAAUCUCCCAAGAAGAAGAAGAAGACAAACCCUAACGUACCAGAUGAAAAGUUGGAGCUUGCAGGGGAGUUGUUGGGCAUCUAUGCCAAGCGCAAGACCAGCAUCUGCGAGCGGACUCUCAUUGUCAGAAUGAAGAAAUUCAAGGCAGAGUACUUCAAGACAAGGCCAGAUAUUUUUAAGGAUGCAGUCUCCUAUGGGGUUAAGUUCGGAAAAAUGUGCUUCGUGAUUUAUAAAUCAAAAGCAGAAGCCGAGAAGAAGUUGACUCAACUACAGAAAAAUCCAGACGUGCAAAUUGCAAGGCCGUGGGACCAGCGCGAAAUCAUUGCAACUGUAAAUCCGUACACGUUGUUUGUUGAACAUUUACCAGAGGGGACUACAGAGGAGGAAUUGCAGAAAACGUUCCCAACUGCGACGGCCAUGCACUAUGAUACAGGCAAACGCUUUGUCAACCUGGCCUUCUCAACCAAAGAGGAUGCGGAGACUGUUUUCAGAGAGUCCGAAGAUCUGAAGAUGAACGGUGCGGGUAUCACUGUACUCUUCGGCAAAUAUGGCUACAACUGGGAACGUAACCCAGGAAAGGAACAGAAAAGCAAUUGAAUCUAAAUGGAUUGAAGGGUAGAAAAUAAGAUUAAGAAGACUGUUAAAAUUGAGUAACUGUGUACUCAUGUUAAUGUUUGUUAAAUGUGAAUGGAUGUGAUGUGUUUUUUAAUUUGUUUUUAGUUUUUUCUCUUCCAUAUUUUUUAUGAAUGAACGUUAAACUUCAA